UUUCACAAAUGCGCGCAAGUUGUUUUAUUAUGCUGUUUAAAGCUUUUAAUUAAGAUUUUUAGAACGCUGAUUGAGUUUUAAGGCUGUUUCAGUAUAUAUGGCUUAUCAAGCUACAUGUUGAUUCUGUUUUGAGGCCGUAAACAUUUAAAAUGGAAGUGCAAUUUGGUCCAAAUGCUCAUGAUGAACCGAAUUUGCUGUAUAAAUUACAACGUAAAAUCAAGGUGUUUGAUACAAGUGACGCGCUGCCGAAUAGAGGGUAUAAUCUAGUGGCCUGUGCUAGUAAAUAUGGAGCUGUCUUUGUUGGUACACCGGAUGGAAAACUAGCAGUAUACCAUCUCAAGGAAUUGGUAGAGAAGGAGUGUGAACCGAACCACUUGCCUGUGCAACUGCAGGAGAAGCCGACACAUAUAGCAGUCAACAGCGACCAAGAGUUGCUGGCUGUUACGGGAGGUCGGCUGUUUGUUCUCUUCAAAAUUGUGGAUUUGCUCAACCAGAAUGUGUCGCCAUCUAUGUCCGUGCAGUUUGAUGUCAGCCCAUCCACAUUUGUGUCAGAUGUCAAAUGGAACCCAUGCAUUCCUGACACCAUUGCUUAUGCCUUCUAUGAUGGCUCCAUUGUCAUAUGCCAGGCAGGGCAAGGGCAGGUUAAGAAGUUGCAGUCCAGUGCAAGAUGCCUCUGCUGGAGUCCUAAAGGCAAGCAGCUAGUAGUCGGCAACAGUGACGGCACGAUCUGCCAGUACAAGCCAGAUCUGUCAUUGAUGAAAUCAUUUCCUGCACCGAAUCUGUUUCAAAAUGCACCCGUGGAAGUAUUGGCUAUAUAUUGGAUAUCGACGUUCCAGUUCGCUGUGGUAUAUAAAAAUGCGACGGAUAAUAGUAAACCAGCUGUAACGAUCGUGAACACACCUAAAGGCGGGCAGCCGUCAUGUUUGAACUACGAAGAUGUGUGCUACAGUAUGGGCUCCAAUCGCCCGUGGUAUUACUAUCUCCAGGGGCUUGCUCAAUGGAAUGUGAUUCUAUGUUCGUCAUCAAAUAGCAUGGAGAUCGCCACGCUUGGGACUGCGGAUGGCGCCAGUUGGCUUCAAUGGUGUCAGUCAGAUGAAGCCAGGCCCGAGUUACCGCUGACGGACAAGAAGCAAGAAAACUAUCCAAUAGGAAUUACUAUUGAUACAGCCGCUAUUCACCAGCUGCCUUGGGGUGAAAAUGAGAAUCUGCCGUUCAUGCCGACGCUACACGUACUGUCGCAGACUGGAUUGCUGACCGUAUUCAACGUCAUCAACCUGAGGAAGGAGGCUCCUCAGAUCUGCUCGCCGGUUACUAUUGUCAGCACCACACCAUUCCCUGUACAAGCACAGCCCGUUGCUCCACCCCCAGUAGCUCCGCAGCCUAAACCCGCACUGCCCGCACUGCCGCAAGCGACGCCGGCGGCGCCUGCUCCGUUCGGCGUGUCGGCGGCUCCGGCGUUUGGUGCCGUGCCAAGUCUCCAACCACAACCAUUGCCGCAACAAACGCCCGUAGUGCAGCCGCCAAAACCUGUAGAAGUCCAAGCGCCUCCAGCCCCCGUGCAGGUCAAACCAAAACCAGCGCCAAUCCCCCAAAAAGAUCCCACUCCAGAAAUAAACGCAGCCCUAAAGGCCGAGCAGGAGCUAGCCAAUAAACAGAAAGCAGACCUGGAAUUUAAAAGCAUGCUCAUCAGGGAGGUUAACGAGUUUCAGACCGAGCUGUACGAAUUCGUUACGAAGACGAGGCAGGCGCAGAUGCAGUUUUACCGUGACCUCCACGCGAUAGACACGAAUGCAGACCUCCAAAACUUAGACGCCGCAACGCUGAAGAAAGAGUGCUCCGUUGAGGAUCUGCGCAGCGCCAUUAUCGCGCUGAAGUUAGACCUAGUCCGCUCAUGCGCUGUAGUCGCUGAGGCUAGGACACAAUCCGACGCAAAAGACCUGGAUCAAUGGACCCAAGCGGACCCGCUGACCACAAAACGGGUGGCGUCUGUCAAAAAACUCGCCUACUACGUGCAAAACCAGCUCGAACAGGCGCACAGCUCGCUCAACUACAAGUGGAAUCAGCUCGCUGAGCAAGAAUCAAAGUCUAACAAACUAGGCCCCCGCAUGAUCCGACCAAUCAUGGACGACGUGUACCAACCACUAGUGAAGCAACAGGAAAUACUUGGUCGGCAAGAAGCUAUGCUCAAGAUGCUCAGAAACACGCUCAACGAAUGCGACGGCCCGGUGUACAAGUCUACACCUAUAUUGAGAAGCACGCCUUUUAAAAAUAAAGACCCCCUCUCCAAACUGACCAAAAACAUUCUAAACAUGAGUCUGGAACCCCAGAAAUCCGAGACCAAAAAUCUACUAACCCCUCAAAAGCUAGACGCAUUGCGCGACAUGUUGUCCAACCACAAGACAGUCAAGAUUAAACCAGUGAAUGUGGAGAUGAGGCAUCAUUUGACCACUAUGAGGAUGAGCUAUGAGAAGAGUUUGAGGGAAGAAAAGGCCAGGGAACGAGCGAUAAAAGCUGAACCAGUGAAAGUGCAAGUGAAACAAGAAGUGAAGCCUAUUAAGCAAGAACCUAAACCAGUGAAAGUACCAUCGAAACCGGUGUUUGCACCAAUAGCAGUCACGCCUGCUACACCACCUACUAAUAAGACUAGGUUCACUGAAGAACCAAAAAAAGAACCCCACAGCCCUCAAACACAACCUAACCAAGAAAUCAGCUUCACGAUAUCCAACACACCGACGGCCUCUCGCAACGUCCUUAAACACCUGCUCGAAAACAAACAAGUUACCGUCGAAGUGAAAAAAGAUGAAAACACUAUGGACAACUUCAUGGGGCAGAAGAUUUGUUCCCCUUCUAAUUUUAACUUCUCAUCAGUGAUAGUCGCAACUCCAACAGCGUCAUCCUUCACAACGAAACCUAUAUCGGCACUUAAUAACAUGUUAAACCAAUUCACACCACAGACUGAAAAUAAAACUAUUGAAAAUACUGAACCGAUCAAAGAAAAGCAGAUGUCCAAUCUUUUUACUAUGACAACGAAAUCAAAUGUGCCAGAUGUUAUAGGCAGUUCUAAUAUGAUUACAAUCAAAAGAGUUGAACCUAAAGCUGAACCGAAAGAUAAAUCGAAAGAGAAUGUACCAGUGAAGACGGAAAAUGUGAUUUUAACGAUUCCUAAAGUGAAUAAAGAUGAUAAAAAGGAAAAUGAGCCGAAACCAUUUAGUAUCCAAAAUACAAAUAAACCUCUAUUUGGAUCUGUUGCACAACCAGUUGCAAUUACUAGUAAAGCAGGUGACUUACAAAAAUCAGACGAAGCUAAACCAAAACUAGAAACAGAAGCGCCUAAGGAAUCUCAAAAAACUACAGCAGCGCCUGUGUCUUCGGCAUCUAUAUUUGCUGCAGCCAAUGCUACUAUUACAAUACCUAAACCAAAGUCAUUGUUUGGAUCUCCCGCAACAACAUCAGCACCUACACCAUUUCAAUCAAUAUCUACUUCUAAACCUGAUUCUUCAAGUAUAUUUGCAGCAGCAAAUACUUCUACUCCGAAAACCCAGUCAACUUCAAUAUUUGCUGCAAAUUCAACACCUUCCAGUGCCUUCGGCGCAAAGCCUUCUAUAUUUGUUGCAAGUACUAUUUCAGAAAGUGCAGCGAAGUCAACUGAAAGCGCUUCAGUGGCAUCAACGGCAUCCUCUACUGUUGGAACAGCGAAAUCAGUAUUCGGUUCCGCGUUUACUGCCACUACUGCCUCUGUUACUCCAUCCACCAAAAUAUCUGAAACCACCACGCCUAGUACCCCAAGUACACCUACAACUCAAAGCGUUUCGACUGCUAGCACCCCAUCAGUUACAACUACAUCGUCAAUAUUCGGUUCAGUAACAUCAACCACACAACCCUCAGUAUUCGGCGGUUUACCAUCACCAACCUCUGUAUUCGGUUCUUCCACUCCAUCUUCUGUUUUCGGUAGUGGCGCUGCAAAGUCUGCUUUCGGAACAACAUCCCCAGUUAGCACUACGACAACGAGUUCCACUACUAAAACAUCUACACCAAGCAGUACUACUACUACAUCAUCAGUAUUUGAAAGUACAACACCUACGUCUGUAUUUGGAACUCAAGCGUCUGUGUUUGGAAGCACAGCAACAACAACAACAUCUGGAGCAACAACAGCAGCAUUUGGAACUGCUACAACUGAAGCAACAGAUAGUGUAACAACGACAUCAUCUGUAUUUGGAACUGCAACAACUAAAGCAACAGAUACUGUAACAACGGCAGGAUCUGUAUUUGGAAGUACUGCCACAACUCCUGCUUCAGUAUUUGGAGGUACUGCCUCAACUCCAGCCUCUGUAUUUGGAAGUACUACCACAACUUCUUCAGUAUUUGGAAGUACUACCACUACUCCAGCCUCAGCAUUUGGAAAUACAACUUCAUCUGUAUUUGGCACGACAACCACGCCAUCCAUAUUUGCAACCGCAGCUAAAUCUGCAUUUGGCAGUCCUACUACCACCACGCAAAGUUCAGUUUUUGCUCCCACGUCAACUCCAUCCGUAUUCUCUGGAGCAAAUCAGAAUCAGUCUGUUUUCGGAACACCGUCUACUCAAGCUUCAGUAUUUGGUUCGCCAACGACACAAGCGUCCGUAUUCGGAAGCCCUGCGACUUUUGGAAGCACGUCAACCACUCAAUCUGUAUUCGGAACACCAACUACCCAAUCUUCUGUCUUUGGUAGUCCACAGACCACACAAUCUUCCGUAUUCGGCAGUCCUGCUUUUAGUUCACAACCUAACCAGUCAGUAUUCGGAAGUCCGACAUCACCAUCAGUUUUCGGUGCUCAAAGCCAAGCAUCUGUAUUUGGUACUCCAACGCAAUCCACUCAAGCUUCAGUCUUCGGAACCCCUACUCAGACCACUCAAGCAUCAGUCUUCGGAACUCCUACUCAAACCACUCAAGCAUCAGUCUUCGGAACUCCUACUCAGACCACUCAAGCAUCAGUCUUCGGAACUCCUACUCAGACCACUGAAGCGUCUGUCUUUGGUACACCAACUACACAAUCCUUUGGUGGUCAGAGCGUGUUUGGAAGCCCGGCCACUACGACGCAAAGCUCUAUGUUCGGCGGAGAGUCUCUGUUCGCUUCGGUUAAUAUUUCGACGACCGACGCUUCGAGCGGCGGCAGCAUUUUUGGAGGAUCGACCGGCUCUCCAGGGUUCGGUAGCAGCAACACCAACGUUUUCGGCGGCAAAACCACUUUCGGUCAACCCAACCCUGCUGCCGAAGCCAUUUUCGGAGGCGGUGGGGGUGGAGGGGGAUUCGGACAAACGCAACCCGCCAAUAGCUUCUGGGGGAGCAAUAAUAACAGCAGCGGUGGAUUUGGGUCUAGUGGUUUUGGUCAACAAGCCACAACGCAAUCAUCAUCCGUGUUCGGGACGGGCAGCUUCAGCGCCCCCUCGCCAGCGGGGCAAGCAUUCGGCUCACCCACUUCUUCUACAGGAGGUUUCGGCAGUGGUUUCGGUUCUAAAGCUGUUUUCGGCCAAUCAUCUGGUUUCGGCUCCCCAACCAGCUCCGGGUUCGGCGCGCCGGCGGCAUUCGGCGCCCUCAACAAGAGCCCGGGCGGUUUUGGAGCAUCGGCGGCCUUUGGAGGCGCGCCGGCUUUCGGAGGAUCAGCGUUCGGUGGGAGCUCGCCGGGUGGCAGCGUGUUUGGGAACUCAGCACCCGCUACAGGAUUCGGCUCUCCAACCCAAUCCAACGCCACGUUCGAGAGCCUAGCCACGCAGAACACGCUGACGUUCGGGAACUUGGCACAACAAACCGCGCCCGCGCAGCCCGCGCCCAGCUUCAACACAUCACCAUCAUUCACGGGUUGGCGCGGCUGAUGACAAUUGCACAGAGGUCGAACUGUGCGCUUAAAACAACUCUUGUAACAUCUCAGACAAAUGUGGACGUAAUUCUUAUUUAUAUCUAUGGUUAAAAUUGCGUACACAACGAGCUAACAUACCUUUUUUUGUAUUACGCGUAGGUACUAGUAGCCACUUAAAGAAUUCUUUCGCUCGGUGUGGACGCACUAUAAUGUAAAACUAAAAACGUAACUAUUGUAAUCAAGACGUGAUGUUGAACAAUGAAAUUGUAAACUUAUUUAUAAAUAUCCCUAAAUGUAAUUGUGUAUGUAGAAUUAUUUUUAA